AUGGCUCCCAAGGUCGCUAUUCUUUUUUAUUCGCUUUAUGGCCAUAUUGAGAAGCUGGCCCACGCCGAGCUCAAGGGUAUCCAGGCAGCUGGCGGCACCGCCGAUCUUUAUCAGAUUGAGGAGACAUUAUCAGACGAAGUACUUGCCAAAAUGCAUGCCCCGCCCAAGUCCUCCGUCCCUGUGCUAAAGAAGCCUGAUCAGCUUCUUGCAUAUGACGCUGUACUCUUGGGCAUUCCAACGCGCUAUGGUAACUUCCCCGCGCAGUGGAAGGCAUUCUGGGAUCGCACGGGUGGCAUCUGGGCCUCUGGUGGCUUUUUUGGCAAGUAUGCUGGUCUCUUCGUCUCGACUGGCACUCUUGGCGGUGGCCAGGAAUCGACCGCCCUGGCUGCUAUGAGUACACUCACCCAUCAUGGAUUUAUUUAUGUGCCGUUUGGCUAUAAAACUGCGUUUCCGCUUCUCUCCAAUCUGGACGAGGUUCAUGGUGGCAGUGCCUGGGGUGCGGGGACUUUUGCAGGUGCCGAUGGCUCUCGUCAGCCAAGCGAGCUCGAACUUCAGAUCGCUGAGACCCAGGGCAGGUCAUUUUGGGAACAUUUGUCUCGUGUCAACUUCGAGUGA